GUGCUGCUGCACAACGGUGCGUGCGACAUCAUGGUUGAUGAGGUCUUGGUGAUCUUGGAUUGGAAACAAACGGUGGAUACCAAGCCGACAUUUGUUGAGCCAAACAAGAUCUUUGUUUGCCGAGAGAAGUUUCACCUUUUGGAGCUGUAUGGAAAUACAAGCUCUGCAGUGGAGCAGCAAUGA